GCAGUGUUUAAAUUCCUGCACCAUCAGAGAAGUUUUCAGAACCUCAACCCAAGAGAGGCUUCAUUGUUACAGAUUUCCUCUUCGAGAACUUCAGCCUGAUUGUUGAGCCUUUGGGGGAAAAGUCUUUGUUAACUGAAGAGGGUAGGGGUGACACACACGGCUAUGAAGACCACCAUCCUGCUUAUGUUCCUGUGGGGACUUUCCUGUGCUCUGCCAGUAGCCAGGUAUCAAAAUACUGAAUCAAAGAGCUCUGAAGAAUGGAAGGGUCAUUUGGCUCAGACACCAACACCACCUUUGGAGAGCAGUGAGUCAUCAGAAGAAAGUAAACUUAGCUCAGAGGAACAGGCAAAUGAAGACCCCAGUGACAGCACAGAAUCCGAGGAGGUCCUGGGCCUUGAUGAUCAGCAACAUGUUCAUAGACCAGCUGGCGGCCUCUCUCAGAGGGGAGGAAGCGAAGGUGAUAAUAAAGAUGAUGAUGAAGACGAGAGCGGAGAUGACACCUUUGGGGAUGAUGAUGGUGGCCCAGGACCCGAAGAGAGACGAUCAGGAGGGGACUCCAGGCUUGGAAGCGAUGAAGACUCGGCUGACACCACACGAUCCAGGGAAGACAGCACCCCACAAGGGGAUGAGGGGGCCCACGAUACCACCAGCGAGAGCAGGGACCUUGACCGUGAGGAUGAGGGGAACAGCAGGCCCGAGGGCGGUGACUCCACUCCAGACAGCGAGAGUGAGGAGCACUGGGUGGGAGGCGGCAGUGAGGGGGACAGCAGCCACGGGGAUGGCUCUGAGUUCGACGAUGAAGGGAUGCAGAGCGAUGACCCGGGCGCCUACAGGAGCGAGAGGGGCAACUCCCGAAUAAGCGGCGCCAGCCUCAAGUCAAGAGAAUCGAAAGGGGACGAUGAGGAGCAGGCAAGCACCCAGGAUUCCCAUGAGAGACCAGCAGCCGCGUAUCCCCGCAGGAAAUUCUUCCUGAAGUCUCGCCUUCCUGAGGAAGAUGGCAGAGGGGAGCUUGACGACAGCCGCACGAUAGAAGUCAUGAGUGACUCCACUGAAAACCCCGACUCCAAAGAAGCCGGCCUCGGCCAAUCCAGGGAACACAGCAAGAGUGAAUCUCGACAAGAGAGUGAGGAGAACUGGACCCCGGAAGAGAGUCAGGAUGUCCAAGACCCCAGCAGCGAGUCUAGUCAAGAGGUCGACCUGCCUUCUCAAGAAAACAGUAGCGAAUCUCAGGAAGAGGCGCUCCAUGAGCCCAGGGGUGACAACCCCGACAACGCCACCAGUCACUCCAGAGAACAUCAGGCGGACAGUGAGUCCAGUGAGGAGGACGUGUUGGAUAAGCCCUCCGAUUCAGAGAGCACAUCCACAGAGGAACAGGCGGACAGCGAAUCCCAUGAAAGCCUCAGGUCCUCGGAGGAGAGCCCAGAGUCCACUGAAGAGCAGAACAGUUCUAGCCAGGAGGGCGCCCAGACCCAGAGCCGGAGCCAGGAGAGCCCGUCUGAGGAGGACGAUGGUAGCGAUUCCCAGGACAGCAGCAGAUCGAAAGAGGACAGCAACUCGACCGAGAGCGUGUCAAGCAGUGAGGAAGAGGCCCAAGCUAAAAACACUGAGGUAGAAAGCAGAAAAUUAACAGUCGAUGCGUACCACAACAAACCCAUCGGAGAUCAGGAUGACAAUGAUUGCCAAGAUGGCUAUUAGCAUGGGCGUGCCUGAGCGCCUCUCACAGACAGGCGUCCUGGAGGCUGGAGACUAGGGAAAAUCAUAACCGUAAUUUAUUGACGUUUGUAUCAGAAGAAUAGCCCAAGGCCAUUUCUUUCCGAAAGGAAAUGCUGGAUGUUAUACUUGUUUGUGUCUAGGAUGUCAUCAAACCACAGAGGUUUCAAUAAUGGAAAAUUUCACUAGAACACCCUCCAUGGGAGACCUGAAGCAAGGAAAGAUGUGCGUUGUUGCAUCACAGCUGAAAUAGUUCCUAACUCAUUAACCUAACGCACAGUUACACAGGUUGUGCUAUGUACCAGGCACUGUGCUGGGUGGCAAGGAGGUCAAGAAGCUUAAAGACUUGUCUCUUGCUCCUGAGGAGAAGGUUUUGUUGUUGUUCAGGCUCUAAGUCGUGUCCAUCUCUUUGUGACCCAUGGACUGCAGCACACCAGGCUCCUCUGUCCUCUACUAACUCCCGGAGUUUGCUCAAAUUCAUGUCCAUUGAGUCA